AUGGCAAGCAAUGCAGGGCAUUGUUCCAGAACCGAUGAACAGCCAAAUAAAGCGGAUUCUGAUUUGAUCGCGAAGCCUCUUAUCAAGCGUCCAGUCCAGAAUCUUGCAUCAUGGUCCCAUGAACUGCCCUCAGGACACCCCACUCGCGAUCUUGGUGCCGAUCAAAUGAUCUCUACGCGCGAUGCGAAGCCCCCAUGGGACAGCGCAUGA